UACGAAAAAAAUUCGAAAACCCUAGAUUUUGCCUCUUGGCGGUUACUCUCUGACUCACUCUUCUUUCACAUUUCAAACAAAAAUCUUAUCAUGGGUCUCUCCAGAUUCCGAUCAAGUACCUAGCAUCUAGGGUUUUGAUUCAAAACCGAGCCCCGUACCCCUGAGAUUUCCCGAUCAAAUCAUGAGCUCCAUCAAUAUCACUAACGUCACCGUUUUGGACAAUCCAGCGCCGUUUGUUAACCCUUUCCAGUUCGAGAUCUCUUACGAGUGCUUGACCUCUCUCAAAGACGAUUUAGAAUGGAAGCUUAUCUACGUUGGAUCAGCUGAAGAUGAAACCUCUGAUCAGCUUUUGGAAAGUGUUCUCGUUGGGCCUGUUAAUGUUGGCAACUACCGAUUUGUGUUACAGGCUGAUUCUCCAGAUCCGUCAAAGAUCCGUGAGGAAGAUAUUAUUGGUGUAACUGUGCUCUUGUUGACUUGCUCCUACAUGGAUCAAGAGUUUAUAAGAGUUGGCUAUUAUGUGAACAAUGACUAUGAUGAUGAACAACUCAGGGAAGAGCCUCCUACUAAGGUUUUGAUUGAUAAGGUCCAAAGGAACAUACUCACAGACAAACCUAGAGUAACUAAGUUCCCAAUCAAUUUUCAUCCUGAAGACGAGCAGACAGGUGGUGAUGGGCCUCCUCCUGCUGAACCAUUCGAUGAUACUGAUGUAAAUGGAGAAGCUCUAGUGCUGCUUGAGCAGCCAGAAAAGCUCCAGGAGACAUGAUUCUAGUUUUUUGACUCAAGCCUAAUUGGAAACUGGACAACAAUUAUCAUCUCAAUUCUAAUCGAAAGAUACUGGCAUUUUGUAUUAUUAUUAUUUAUUUUUUUGUCUAGAACUUUAGCUGCAAUCUGUAUUAUUGUUUGUAGGAAUUAAUGUUCUUGUUGCAAAAUCCCUGCAAUGUACUAAUGUUCAGAGUUCUUGGUUCCCAUUCUGCUUGUUGUAUCUUACGCUAAAGUGAAUCUGCUUCUUCUUCAAUGGAUCAUGCUCCCAUAAUCCAAGAAGUGUAGAUUCUCCGGGCACUUAUGUCCAAAUCCAACUCACUUAUUAUAGGAGCUGAAGC